AUGUUCGUGUUCAGGUUAACUUCGUUUCUUUGCUUCGCUGUUUUGUAUCUUACUUUCACUGAAGCUGGUCAAUACGAUGGGUAAGGAUAGAUUAAUGCUUUGCUAAUAUAUACAUUAUAUUUUGUGUUCAUUUUCACGCAAUGUCUUUUGCACAGUCAGUUAUGUAUUGAAGUUCAAGCCAGGCGCAUUCGACUUUUAAUUAUUGAAUUGACUGACUCACGAUUUAAACGCAUAUACGAAGAGAAAUAGUAAAUGAUAAGUGUGCUCAUUAAUUAUAAUCUACGCCUGGAAUCUACGUAUUGUUUUUAAUCAUUAUCUCAUUGUAGCGACGAUUUAAACUAAAAUGCGUCAAACCAGUACUUGCAUGUUAUGCUGAUGCGUCAUGGCAUUAUUAUUGCAUUUAUCAGCACCGUCGUCGUGCGCGUAAUAUGUCACAACCAAACCUCAGCAGGUUUUUAUACCGUAGUUGCUAUACGGCGGAUUUUAAACACAGACUGGCAUUAGACUGCUUAAGCAGGAUAGCAAUACAUAGGCAUUGAAUAUUGAUUGAAUCGUGUCGAAAGUGAGUGCUAUAGCUAAGGUUAGGAUAAAAACAUGUGGGAAAAUAAAGGUAAUCUAAAGGUUACGAAUGGGGUUAUCCACAAUUAUAGAAAAGUUUACUUUGUUCGGAGUUAUUAUUGUUUUGUAUUUUGUGUAAACACUCCAUGGUUCCGGCAAUUUCGGCUUAAAAGGUUAAUGCAAGUUAAAUCGUAACCAAAUAUCCAACAGUACGUCAGUACGAACUCAUAAUAGUGAAAACGUGGGCGUACUGCGGAGGCCACAACACUGAAAGUUUCCUAAAAUUGUUUUCUUGGGUGAGCUUGCCUUUCAGUUUCAACGUGUAAUAGUCGGUAACAAGUUGAAACGUCUGGGAAAUAUCUUUACUUUCAGAAAAGUGUUCCGAGUGGUCCCGCAGACAGAUGAAGACAUCAAGAAUUUGAGAUCCUUGGAGGCGGAUUAUGGAUUGGAUGUUAGUUGAAUUAGAAGGAAUUAAUUAGAAUUCUAAUUAUAGAAUUAGAAUGAUUCAGAGAAUUUCUCGGUGGAUUUGAUUGUUCGGAUGUGGUGUUGGUGGUAGUGGCUAGUGUAGCUUCCUUCACAAAGAAUGUGACGUAUGUGAGGAGAGUGUUUCCAGUUUGAUUCUACCAAACAUCCCAGGUUACAACUUUAUAGGGAUGGUCCUUACUGGACCUCAAGGCAGACCAGUUUAGAACUGAUAGGGAUAUAGUUAGUGUAGUUUAGGUGUUUUGAUCAGAUAAGUCAGAACAUGGAACCACAAAUAACUAACUGGCACAUCUGAAUCUAGGUGGACUUUUGGCAAGCCCCGUCCCAAGUUGGAAGAAAUGUAGACAUCUAUGUCCAUGAACAAGAUCUCAGCACAGUCGUGGAUCUCCUGAAAAAGUUCACUUUGAACUACACCGUGCUUAUCGAUGAUGUCGAGUCAGCAGUGGUGAAUGAAAAUCCACCAAAAUCAAGAGCUGGAGGAUUUCAGUAUAACCGCUACAAUACCUUGUCACAGGUAAGCUUUGUAAGACCAUUUUCUUGCCAUUUAUGAUAAACUAGAAUUUAAGCUGCACUAUACGUGGGCACUUGCACUUGCAGCGUCUUGCCUCUCACUGCAUGCAUAAGUUGAACUGCUCAGUUUAUGGAUCAUGCAGAGGUAGUUCAUGUCUAUUGGCCUAAAGUGAUCUGAUGUUGUACAGAAUUCACUUCUGAGUUGAACAUGACAUGAUCAUGUAAAAGUAGCACAUGUUCUUGAAUGUAGACAACCCUAAAGUGAUCUGAUGUUGUACAGAACUCACCGCUGAGUUGAGCUUGGUUAGAUCAUGCAGAGGUAGUACAUUUUCUUGAAUGUGGGCUACCUUAAAGUGAUCUGAUGUUGUACAAAACUCGUUGCUCUGAGUUACCAUGGUGAGAUCAUGCAGAGGUAUCUUGAAUGUGGAAUACUCUUUGAAUGAACUAUAGUGUCCUUUUUGCAUUUCUUCCAGAUUUACGCUGAAUUGAGAAGUCUCGCUUCCAGUCAUUCUAACCUCGCUUCAGUAUUUUCAACUGGAAGAUCGUACGAAGGAAAUGAGCAACUGGCCGUCAAGGUAGGAUAUUUGACAGAGCAAUGGUCAAUACUACUUCAAACGAAAUCAUGGGCGAAUCCAGAGAAUGUUGAGAUAUUCCUGCGGCUAUCUAUGCACUACCAGCGAAUGUAAAAAUGCCAUAAAUACCAGAAUGUGUUGUUUGGAACCACGGUUAACCCUAUUAACCCCUCCCCCACAAAAAAUAUACCCAUACUUUAUAACCUUACCAUAGUGUUGUUGUAAUCCAUUGCUGUACGAUUAUUGAACGUUGUUUUAGAUCAGUUCUGGAGGAAAUAAGAAAUCAUAUUUUGUCAACUGUGGUAUUCAUGCUCGUGAGUGGAUCACGCCCGCGACAUGCAUGUACAUGAUCCGAGAGGUAUAGAAGAAUAAUUUAAUGUCCUUUACACAGGAUAAAAUUAUAUCUCUAUACAUAUUUUUUCUGCACUUCACCUGGUUGAAACUGAAUACUGGACUAAAUGGAUAAUCCAUGUGACGAUCUAUAUACACUUUUAAUGCCUAACCAGCUAGAUGUACUGUAGUUGCACACUCAUGCUCGACAAAUAAGGGUUCGCUCUUAAGGCCCGUUAACACUUGCGAUUCCAGGUGAGAUUUCCUUCUUCUGAUGGAUGUGAACGAGUGGAUGAUGAGGGUACAAACUGCACACCAACUCGUCUACUCGUUCACAUCCAUCAAAGGAAGAAUACUAGAAAUUGCAGCAAAGUCUGAACGGGCCUUAGUAAGAGGGAAAACCAGAAGAGUCGGAAACGUCGGAAGCUAAGGAGAGAACCAGCCACAACAUUACUUAUAUAUAUGAGUUUUCGGACACAGGGCAGUUAUUCAACCUAAAUAAACACACUGUGCUUAUCUUCCUGAGAGUCAACAUUUUGCCAUCUUUGUUUCAGAUGUUAACUAAAUAUAAUCAAGAUUCAUCCGUGAAACGCAUGGUGGAUAAAAUGGACUGGGUGAUAAUGCCAUCACUCAACCCAGACGGAUAUAAAUACACUUGGAGUGGUGUAAGUUCUCAAAUAUUAUAUGGAGCUUAAGCAAGCAACGUUUUUAUCAACACGGAGGUCAGAUUAAAAACUGUGUUUGUGCCAGUUUGUGGUAAUCUUCAAUACAUAUCACAAAACAUAGGAAAUUUUUUGCUUCCUCAAUGCCGCCAAAAUUUGUUAUACCAGUUAUUAGUUAUAUUCCAGGUGAUCUCGAAAAAGGUCUGGCACUAGUUGUAAAAUAGAAAUCCAUUUCUGGUUUAAAAUUACUCAAUAUCUCAUCAACGGUAUUAGAUUUCUAUUUCAAAUUUGUCCCAGACAUUCAUUUCCCUGUGCUCACAGACACAAAGUUUCAAACAGUUUCACAAAAGAAUCAGGGCGUGACAAGUGAUUGAAGGUACGAAACUGGAUUUCUAUUCUGUUGCUAGUCCCAGUCCUUUUGCUUACCGUCAGAUCACCUGGUUAAUUGUUCCUUGGUAAUCAGCUAUUCUUCCCUCAACAUUAAAUGAAGAUUUAUUACGCGAGUAACUAUCUUUAACCGAAUUAUUCAAUUUAUUUAGAAUCGAAUGUGGCGUCGAACUCGCACAAGACACGGCAGUUGUAUUGGAGCUGAUCCCAACAGAAACUGGAAUUAUAAAUGGGGAGGUAAUAAUUGAUGAAGACACAACACUUUUUUCUGUUGAAUCUUAGCCCUUUUCCGGUUAAGAUCAUCAGCUCUGCUGUUGUACUCCCAAAACAAACGUUACGUCUGUGUGGGAUACGGUUGGUUGAAUGGAAAAGGCGUGUCUUAAAUUAAAUCCUUUAUUUUAACAUGGCUUUAAUUUUUCAAUCAGGUGUUGGUACCAGUUCUCGGUGCAGUGAUACGUAUCACGGCCCAAGACCAUUCUCUGAAGUCGAGACUUACAAUGUUGCAAAAUAUUUGUUGAAACAACGGCGGAAUCUGAUUGGUUACAUGGAUAUCCAUGCAUACAGUCAAUUGUGGAUGACACCUUGGGGAUACAAGAAGGCGUAUCCUAAUGAUAAUGGGGAACAGGUGGGUACAUUUAUUGUAAUUUGUGGACAUUUACAACACAUGAUAAAACUUCUAAGGUGGAAUUUAUCAUCGUACUCGCGAAAAUUGUUGAGUUUUCACCUAGCACCAUCCUUCACUAUCUAACAGUUUUGAGAGUGAGAAAAUGUUUUCAUUUUAAAUACGAUUAAGAGAAGUAAUUUAAUUUUCUUGUUCCCAUAUUCAAUGGUAAACAUUUCUAAUCGAAACCAACUAACUGAAUAAUGUAUUUUUCUAGGUACGUGUUGGUAACAUUGCAGCGACAGCGCUCAAGAAUGCAGGAUAUGGAACAACUUACAAAGUGGGACCUUCUUCAGUUAUCAUUUGUAAGUAAUGUACGAGAUCUGAACAAAACUUAUAUUCAACUAUUACAUUAUAUCUUUUUGCCCUGCAGAUGCAACGACUGGCUCGACCGGGGAUUGGGCCUCGGGUGUCCUGGGGGUGAAAUACUCGUAUGCUCUAGAACUCCGAGAUAAAGGAAGAUACGGUUUCAUCCUGCCAGCCAAUCAGAUCAUUCCCACAGGACAUGAAACAUUUGCUGCGAUGAAAGCAAUGGCGAACGCCAUGAAAAUGUCUUGAUUGCGAUAUUGAUGUACUUCAUUCAGAAAUAUUGUUUAUGAAUUAAAUGAAAUAAAAAUCAAGAGUGGUUUAAUGUAUUUUUAAAUGCGGCUUUUCUAGUCUGUAUCUACACAAAAUUUCACGGAGUAGCUUUGAAAGAUUCUGCGCAAAUACGAGAUUCUGGGGCAGAUAAGAAAUUCUGCUCCUUGACAUCGAUUAAGGGAUUGUGCUCAACUUACAAUUGAGGAGCAAGAAAAUUAACGGAAAUCUCUCAAUUCCGCGGGUUGACCAAGGUUGAUCACCAUCUGCUGCACGAUGCUGCUAGGUGAAAACACGCGCAGGCGCAUUCAACGCAGAAAACUGACCUGGUUAUAAAUGGAUUGUUAUCCCUGGUGUCCAAGAAGCUCAACUAAAAAUAAAUAAAUAAAGAGAUAAACACGUCUGACAUAAAAUCAUUCGGUAAAACGGCCCCCGUAAUGAAGCUCCAGCUCUGUGGGACGUCCCUGCUACUUGUGACAAAGCUUGUAAAUGAAUAAAAAUAAAUAAAUAAACUAAAGUAAAUCUUUCUUAACACAGAUGCAACAUCUGGGGCAACAGAUGAUUGGGCGUAUGGUUUUCUCGGAUUAAAGUACUCCUACGGUUUAGAACUCCGGGACAAAGGUCGCUACGGGUUUUUGCUGCCAGCAAACCAAAUCAUCCCAACAGGAGUUGAGACGUUCGCUGCUAUGAAAGCAAUGGCACAAGCGAUGAAGAUGUGAAAAUAUUGUAUUUCUCAAAACAGGAAAUAAAAUUUAAAUUAAAG